AUGACUUCGACGACCUUGACUUCGACGACCUUUCAUUCGACGACCUCGAGCUCGGCGAUCAUGAAUCUUGACUUUGUCAAUCUUCAGUUCGACGACGUGGCCUUCGACGACCUUGACUUCAAAGACCUCGAGUUGGACGACCUUGACUUCGAUGACCUCGAGUUUAAAGAUAUUUCAACCGACGACCUUGUGUUCGACGACCUACAAUUCGACGACCUUGACUUCGACGACCUUCAAGUCGAAGACCUUGACUUCGACGACCUCCCAUUCGACGACCUUCAAUUCGACGUCAUCGGCUUCGGUUACCUUGCCUUCGACGACCUUGACUUUACCAAGCUUCAUUCAUUCGACGUCCUCGGGUUCGACGACUUUCAAAUCGACGACCUCGACUUUGACGACCUCCAAGUCGAAGAGCUUGACUUUGACGACCUUUAUUUCAAAGACCUUCAUUCUGACGACCUCGGCUUGAUUUACCUUGCCUUCAACGACCUUGACUUUGCCAAACUUCAGCUCGACGACCUCGACUUUGGUGACCAUGACUUCGACGACCUCAAAUUCGACAACCUCUUAUUCGACGACCUCGACUUCGGUUACCUUGACUUCGACGACCUUGACUUUGGCAAACUUCACAAACUUCAGUUCGACGACCUUGACUUUGGUGACCAUGACUUCGAAGAUCUUGACUUUGUCAAUCUUCAGUUCGACGACGUGGCCUUCGACGACCUUGACUUCGAUGACCUCGAGUUGGACGACCUUGACUUCGAUGACCUCGAGUUUAAAGAUAUUUCAACCGACGACCUUGUGUUCGACGACCUACAAUUCGACGACCUUGACUUCGACGACCUUCAACUCGACGACCUCGACUUUGGUGACCAUGACUUCGAAGAUCUUGACUUUGUCAAUCUUCAGUUCGACGACGUGGACCUCGACGACCUUGACUUCAAAGACCUCGAGUUGGACGACCUUGACUUCGAUGACCUCGAGUUUAAAGAUAUUUCAACCGACGACCUUGUGUUCGACGACCUACAAUUCGACGACCUUGACUUCGACGACCUUCAAGUCGAAGACCUUGACUUCGACGACCUCCCAUUCGACGACCUCCAAUUCGACGUCAUCGGCUUCGGUUACCUUGCCUUCGACGACCUUGACUUUACCAAGCUUCAGUUCGACGACAUCGACUUAUGUGACCAUGACUUCGACGACCUCAAAUUCGACGACCUCAAAUUCGACGACUUCUAA